AUGCUUGGCUGCAAACCGGCAGAGACACCAGUGGAUUCAGGAAAUCAAGCAAAACUGGGUGGAGGAGAUCCUGUGGACAAAGGAAGAUACCAAUGUUUGGUUGGUAAACUGAUCUACCUCUCUCAUACAAGGCUAGACAUCGCGUUCGUAGUUAGUUUAGUCAGCCAAUACAUGCACUCACCAUGUAGAGGGCAUCUUGAGGCCGUGUAUAGAAUACUCAGGUACUUAAAGAGAACACCAGGGAAAGGACUAUUCUUUAGAAAGCAUGACAAGAUGAAGCUUGAAGUCUUUACCGACGCUGACUGGGUAGGCUCAGUCGAAGACAUGAAGUCCACAUCCGGUUAUUGCACCUUGUUGUGGGGGAACUUAAUGACCUGGCGUAGCAAGAAACAAGCCAUUGUUGCAAGAAGCAGCGCAGAAGCCGAGUAUAGAGCUAUGGCACACGAGAUAUGUGAGAUUAUCUGGAUAAAGAGGUUGCUAGAGGAGCUAAAGGUCUAA